AUGCCCUGUGCAUACGCGCCACAGGGUACCGUUGCACCUGGGACCCUGUCGCAUGUCGGCACUGGUCAGCCACAUGGCGGCAACGUGGCGUUAGGGUUCAAAAGGCGACGUGAUGGCCGAAAUAUGGAUCUUCAUACCCACCCGAGCGAUAUCCGGUGGCCACAGGUGUUCCUGGCGGACGGUUGA